CAGAAAGUUUGACGCAUGCGCAGAUAAAUUUUUAUUACUCAUAUUUCUGACAUCAGAUUAAAUUUUGGGAGAGGACGAUCGUGUUUCAGUUUAUAGUAAUGUUUUUAUCCGGCAUUCCCAAAGGUUAUGUGUCAAUUAUUUGUUACCAUUGGAUAUCACACCCCACUGAGUGCUCAUAACGUUUGUGUUUAUAAUUCUAAGUGGAAAACAUGACAAUUUACUGUGUUGGAUACUCAUAAAAAUAUUGCUUAUGGUGAUCGAACUACCCAAAACAUCUAAUGCUAGGAUGGGCAAUGCAGGACCAUCUCGUCAAAAUACUAUGCAUAAGAGAUUAAAACAGUGUCCUGUUGACAGCAUGAAGAUGCCCAUGCCUGAGCAGAAUGAGCUGGAGAAACGAUUUACUAAAGUAUUGGCAUCAAUGGAUUUGCCACCAGAUAAAGUGAAACUUUUAAAGCAAUAUGACGAUGAGAAGAAGUGGGACAUGAUAUGUGAUCAAGAAAAAGUCAUGGCGAAAGCGUCUCCUGCUUUUUAUCUUCGUAAAUUAAAAACAUAUUUAGACCCUAAAGCCUCUAGAAGCUCUCGAAAAAGAAAAAUUCUAGGUGAUGCUACAUCUACACAGGUGUUAAGAGAUCUUGAAAUAUCAUUAAGAACGAACAACAUAGAAUGGGUGAGAGAAUUUCUUAAUGAAGAUAAUAUGGGACUUGAUGUUCUAGUUGAUUAUUUAUCUUUUAGACUUUUAAUUGUAAGGCAUGAGCGUAUUGUUACUGAAGCAAAUCAUGAUGAUGAAGAAGAAAUAAUUCCUAAUGGAAAUACUCUCAGACCAAAAAAUAGACCAUUACUUCAUGUUGAAAGCUUAAAAGUUCGAAGAGCCACAAAACACAUAGCUAAACUAAAUAUGGGAGAAGCAAAAGAUGACAUACAUGUUUGCAUCAUGUGCUUGCGAGCCAUAAUGAACAAUAAAUACGGGUUCAAUAUGGUAAUUGAACACACGCAAGCCAUCAAUUGCAUUGCCCUCAGUUUGAAUCACAAGAGCUUAAGGACAAAGGCACUGGUUCUAGAACUUUUAGCUGCAAUAUGCUUAGUGAAAGGAGGUCACCAAAUAAUUCUUGCCGCUUUUGACAACUUUAAGGAUGUUUGUGGUGAAAAAAAGCGAUUUGAAACAUUAAUGGAAUACUUCAUUAAUUAUGAAGUAUUUAACAUUGACUUUAUGGUUGCUUGCAUGCAGUUUGUGAACAUUGUUGUCCAUUCUGUAGAAGACAUGAACUUUAGGGUUCAUCUGCAAUAUGAAUUUACACAAAUCGGUUUGGACGAUUACUUAGAAAAACUAAGGCAGACUGAAAGUGAGGAACUUCAGGUUCAGAUUUCGGCAUAUUUGGACAAUGUAUUUGAUGUUGGUGCUCUAAUGGAAGAUUCAGAAACAAAGAGUGCAGCAUUAGAACAAGUUGCAGAUUUAGAAGAACAACUAUCUCGUGCAAAUGAGCAAAUACAAGAAAUGGAAAAUGAACUUAUGGCUCGACUAGUUGAACUUGAAACGCACUUGGAAUGUUUGGAUGCCGUCACUCGAGAAAGAAAUGAACUUUUGGAAUUGCAUAAACAGACAGAUGAAGAGUUGAAUACUCUUAGAAGAGUUGUUUCACAAAAAGAUGAAGAAUCUAGGCAGAGACAAAGUAUGCUGGAGUCCAAAAUUCAAGAACUAGAAAGCAACAGUCUUCCGAGAGGAACUGUCAUUGGAGGAACUGCAAUGGAUGGUCGAAUUCAAACCACUCAAGUCAUGCCACCACCACCCCCUCCUCCACCUCCACCACUACCCUCCAUGCAAGUUAUGCCUCCUCCACCUCCACCCCUUCCACAAAUGAUGAAGGCUCCACCUGGUCCUCCACCCAUGCCUGGCAUGAUGCAAGCCCCACAAGAUGCCAUGACAAUCAAGAGAAAGUUCCAAACCAAAUACAAAUUACCAACCCUUAAUUGGAUAGCACUGAAGCCUAACCAAGUUAAAGGGACAAUAUUCAGCGAAUUAGAUGAUGACAAGCUGCACAAUGUUAUAGACUUCACUGAGUUCGAAGAGCAUUUCAAAUUGGGAAUCCAGGGAGGUUUUUCAGAUCGUAAUGAAGAUAUAAAUAGCAGUAAGAGAUUCAAGGUACCUGAAAAAGUUACUUUAUUGGAACACAACAGAUUGAGAAAUAUGGCCAUCUCUAGGCGGAAGGUAGAACUUCCUUGUGAUGUGGUGGUGAGGGCGAUAAAUGCAUUAGAUUUGACAACUCUCUCUCAGGAGUAUGUUGAAGUACUUCUUAGAAUGGUGCCAACUGAAGCUGAAAUGAAGGCUUAUAAAGAAUAUGAACGUAAUCGGAAGUCUGUUGAUGCUUUAACAGACGAAGACAAGUUCCUAUUUCAGCUGUCUAAAGUUGAAAGGUUAUCUCAGAAGCUCAAUAUCAUGUCUUACAUGGCUGGAUUCACUGAAAAUAUUCAACUUAUUACUCCAAAUAUCAACGCCAUUAUCAGUGCAUCACGGUCAAUUAAAAAUUCCAAAAGGCUGAAAAAACUGCUUGAAGUUAUUCUGGCUUUUGGAAAUUAUAUGAAUAGCGCAAAACGGGGUCCAGCUUAUGGCUUUAAGCUCCAAAGCUUGGAUAUGCUUGCUGACACAAAAACUGCAGAUAGAAAAAUUACUCUUCUCCAUUACAUUGCUGAAACUGUUCAUCAAAAGUUUCCAGACAUUUCUAACUUUGAAAAUGAUUUGCGAUUUUUAGAAAAAGCAGCAUCAGUUUCAAUGGAAAAUAUCCUUACUGAUGUUCACGAGUUGGAAAAAGGCAUGGACUUGUGUAAAAAAGAGAUGCAACUGAGGCGUGAUGCCAGAGACGCUGCUGUGUUGAAAGACUUUUUAAACAGCCACGAAGAUUCUCUGAGGAAGCUGAAAGAGGGUGCUAAAACUGCUCAGGAAGCAUAUUCUGAUUGUGUGCAAUAUUUUGGUGAUAGUGUUCGUUCAAUAGCUGCCAAUACCUUUUUCUCACUUUUUGUACGCUUCUCUAAAGCAUAUAAGCAAGCAGAAUUGGAAAAUGAAGCGAGAAAAAGGCAAGAAGCAGCUGCGAGAGAAAGUGAAAAAAUAGCUGCUGAAAAUGUUUCAAAAAGAAAUAGUCUGAAUUCUAGAAAAAAUAAUCAAGAAGCUGUGAUUAAUGAACUGAAAAGCAAAACUAGACAAGUGAAAGAAACAAGGUUAUUGAAACAAGAUGAAGUCUACCAUGGGGCUUUAGAAGACAUUUUACUGGGUCUUAAAAGUGAGCCAUAUCGACGUGCAGAUGCUGUUCGAAGAAGUCAACGACGAAGACAAGAAAAUAUAAGGCUAUCCCAUACAAUGGAUGAAUUGGACUUCUGAAAUCUAGUUUUGUAUUAUACAAAUUCUUUUGACAAAAUGAUUUAGAUUUGUGCCAUUUUUUGAUAUUUGUUAAAUAGAUAGCUAGUAUUAGCUGUAAAUCGUUUGACUGCCUCUUUAUGGAAGGCUUCUAGUUAUUUCAUAAUUGUACUGUUACUGUUUCCUACUGAUUUCAAGAUAGUAUAUUAUUUCAGAAUAAUUUUUUUUGAAAUGAAAUCACUCUUAUUUAAACAAAAAAUUAAGACACAUUAUACUUGAACAUUUUAUUAAUUUGAAAUUAUAGCAAAUAUGUUUUUUUUUUUUAUCUGAUUGAAUUAAAAUUUAAUUGUCUCACAAAUAUUUGUUGGAAAUUCCUAAUUGCUGCAAAAGAUUUCAAUAAAGCAUGUUUUUUUUUAAAUAAAACUUAAUUAAAUUUGGUUAAAUUACCCAACUUUAAUUGCUCAUUAAAAAAAAUUUCUGAUUUAAAAUUUUAAACAUGGAAAUAAAACAGUAAAAAAUAAAAAGUUAGUAUAGCAUUGUUUUAAAUAUUAUUCACAGUACAAUUUAAUUAUUAAAAAAAAAGAUGUUUUGAAAAAUAUUUUUAUGGAAAAAAAAAGUAAUUUAUUGUCGACGUUUUUAAAGUAAAGUAUAUUGCAUCAAAUUUAUAUUUCUGUGUAAAUAAAUUUAGUUUCAGACUUCUUCAUUUUUUAUUACUGUUAUAUUUUUGAUUUAGACAUGAUUAAUUUUUGGACUUGCUUUUUGAUUUAUAUAUAAGAUCAACAUGAAAAAAAUAAAUUAUAUAAAUCUUCAAUGGAGAUGACAUUUGUAUAAAGUGUAUAAUGAGAAGAGCUGCGACUAAUAUAAAAGUGCAAUUGUAAAUAGCCAUUUGUUUUUGUCAGAUAAGAAAAGUGAUGAACUAUUUUUCAUAAGUAUUUGUAUUCUGUAUCAAGUGCCUGAAAAAUUUUUUCACUCAAAGUUCAAUAUUAUAUUUUGUAGUAUAUAUUUGUAAAUAGUGCUUUGUUUUUUUUUAUGUGGUGCUUUAUGUUUGAUUAAUGAAAUUUUUAAAAAAAAAUUUUAUUCCUAUUUAGCUUAUUGUAAAUCAAUUGAUUUAUUAUGUUUAAUACAACCAAAGUUUUGUUAUCCUUGGCCUUAAUUUCUAAGUAAAUGAUGUUUUUUUUAUCAAGUAAUGGUAGUCAACAAAUUCAAAUAUUGUGUUUUCAUGAUAAUAAUUAAAUACUUAACUCAAAUUUUGCAAACAUAUCGUAUUGUAGAUAUUGUAUUUAAGAUAAAAAUGUUAGCUAACAAUGCAGUUUCUUGGUUAUUCAAAGUGUAAAUUCCCAACCAACUUUAUUCUAUGGUUGCAUUUUUUGUUUCAGUACAUGCCCCAGGCUUGUGUCGUCAUAGUCACAUUGCUUUAAAAGUGUUAGCAUUAUUUAGGAUAUAUUUCAGAUGACAUGUGUUUAGGAGGAGUUACAAAAAUAUAUAAAAUUAAGUAUAGUUAAGUUUUAGAUGUUUAACUAAAUAUACAUUUAGUGAUAAAAAAAACAACUUGUUGUCAGUUGAUUUUAGGUAGACUGGUGUUUAAAAAAGUAUCAUUCAUUUGGCAGAAAUUUAUUUCUUGCUGUUGAUCUUCAAAGAUUUUUAAAAAAAAUUGCUGUGAUUAAAUAAAGAUAAGAGUAUUCCAUUAUCAAAGUAAGUUAUGAGACAUGUUGAAAUUUAGAUUUACAAAUUUCAAUUACCUUUGUAAAGUUUUAAAACAGAUCUUUUUUGCAAUCUACAGAUCUUAUAAACCAUUUAAUCAUAGUUAGAUUUUAUACAUAUAAUUUAAUAUGUUCACUACAUCAUUCACUUUAGUGAACUUUUAAUUUAUGCAAUGUGUUCACAAAAAGAAAUAAAUUGCAUAAAAUACUUAUCUUUUGCCACUUAUAUUGUUAUAAUAAAACAAAAUUAUUUUAAAAUAUGUAAAACAUUAUUCAAAAUCAUUGUGUUCUAUGUAUCUGAAUUAUAAUUUUAAACAUUUGCUAUGUUUUUUACACAAUAGUUGUAAAAAUUGUGAUUUUUUUUACUUAGUAGGCUCUGAUUUUUUUUUAAAAAAUUUAGGAAAAGAAUUAUCAAAAAUCUACUAAAAAUAUAUCACUUUUUAUAAAAUGUAAUAAUUAUAAUUUUGAUUACUAACACUGAAUUUAAUUAGCCCCACAGAUCUAUAAUUGAAUUUUAAUGUUAACUUUGUUAUUGUUUCCUAGAGUUCUGGAGAGUCCUAGAGUAUAGUUACACUUCUUAAUGAAGCACUAAUAUUUUGUAAACUAUUUUGAAAAUGUAAUCACCUUUCUUAAGAAACAAUCUAAAUCCGAGCAAUAAUUUUUUCGCAAUCAUAUUCAAAGAUUUUUUAAUCACUCAUAAUUCUUUUAUAUUUUGUACUUUAUAAUUUAAUGUACUUUAUUUCGCACUUAAUUUGUCCAAAAAAAUUAUCCUUUUUAUAUCUUCUUUUAUAAAUUUUGUACCUUUUUUUUAGUUAUUUUAUUGAUCUCAUUCGAAAAUGUUCCUUUUACAUUCAUUUUAAAAUCUAUUUUCUAUGCCUGUAUUGAAGUGCCUAAAAAUGUGAUAUAUCUCUUCUUUAUUUUAAACAAUAUUCUGUGUUUAAGAUAAUCACUUGGGACCAUUCUACUUUUUUCUAAUAUUUAUUUAAUUUCAUACAGCAAUGAGUUUGUUUUUAUAUUAAUUUUUUUUAAAAAUAUUUAUAACACAUUUUACUGGUGAAAAAAGACUGUAUUACGGAAAUCCACAAUUUUGAUGAACUGUAUAUUUAAAAUAACUUUAAAUGAAAUGUAUUUGUACAAAUUUGAAAAUAAAUUUUUUAUGCUUUA